UACAACAAGUGUAGACCUUACUGUGAAAUGCGUACUUAUACGCCCUUAACCAACAGUGCUGUAAAACUAUCAGCAGAUAUGAGAAUAAUCCGUAACAUUCAUUUCAAGUCUAGUGACCAUCAACCUGGGAAUGAUUUGUAUUACAGAACUCUAAAUACUGUAUGUUAAACAUUGUGUUAAUCACUCUAUACUGAAUAUGAACUGACAUUUCCUCAUUACACAGUCAGAACAAUACAGUACGCUACAAACAAAGCUUCCAUACAAAACAGAGCUUCCAUACAAAACACAGAGCAUAAACAUUUGUUUUAUUCUGUCUCCUCCAGGUGAUCCUGAUCUCAUCCAGUGAGGACCUCCUGACCAAGGCCCUGGCUGACAAUCUAUCCCAGAGGACAGGCUGCGAGGUCAGGCAGCUGGGCAAGGACAUCCAGGGUGAGAUCAUAGCCAUGAUGGACGACAGGGAUCUGGACUGGAAGAAGGUUGCCUAUAUGGGCCGGUGGUGGCUGGUCCACUCCAGGAGUCUGAGGUGCGGAAGGUGCUGGACAUCGAGGGGGCCCCGGCAUAUGCUGUUCGAGCCAUUCUGGACUCGAGGCGUCGGGCGAAGGGCCUUCAGUACCUCGUGGAGUGGGAGGGGUACGGUCCGAAGGAGAGAUGCUGGCUGCCGGUGGAGGACGUCUUGGACCCUUCGCUGCUGUGGGAGUUCCACCGUAUCUAUCUGGAUCGCCCUGCGCCCCAUCCUCCGGGUCGUCCCCAAGGUGAUCCUGAUCUCAUCCAGUGAGGACCUCCUGACCAAGGCCCUGGCUGACAAUCUAUCCCAGAGGACAGGCUGCGAGGUCAGGCAGCUGGGCAAGGACAUCCAGGGUGAGAUCAUAGCCAUGAUGGACGACAGGGAUCUGGACUGGAAGAAGGUUGCCUAUAUGGGCCGGUGGUGGCUGGUCCACUCCAGGAGUCUUAGGUGCGGAAGGUGCUGGACAUCGAGGGGGCCCCGGCAUAUGCUGUUCGAGCCAUUCUGGACUCGAGGCGUCGGGCGAAGGGCCUUCAGUACCUCGUGGAGUGGGAGGGGUACGGUCCGAAGGAGAGAUGCUGGCUGCCGGUGGAGGACGUCUUGGACCCUUCGCUGCUGUGGGAGUUCCACCGUAUCUAUCUGGAUCGCCCUGCGCCCCAUCCUCCGGGUCGUCCCCAAGGUCAGUGUCGGCACGCUGCUGGAGCCAUGUGUCAAGGGGGGGACCUUCAUGACUUUU